GAGAAAUGUAUGGAAGUUUAUAUAUAAUUAAAUCGUCCAGCUUUCCCGUUUGGAUUUAUUUGGUGUCGGGGAGGAAUUUUGAUCAAUCAGUUGUAAACUUUGGAUAAUUACUGGCGAGCCGCAUUAAAUAUAAUCGCUUUUCAAAGAGUCGGCGGCCGAGUGUGAGAACUUCCAAGGGGGAAAGAAGAUACAGAUGGACGCAUAUAUUGUUUUAGGAAGAUGUUGUGUGGGAGGGCCAACGAAAUAAACGCACGCGAGCUAGGCAGGGGAAGGGAAAAAUUACCGACUUUGAGUUUAAAAGGUCACGGUCCGAGGUUAUAAAUGUUGGCAUCAGCAGAGUCUACACACGGCUCCUCCGCCAAUAAUUAGAGGUUUAUAAAGAGCCGAUCCGUACCUUCGGGUCGGCCGGGUAGGCGGAGGAGGAGAAGGCAGGGUUCUUCCACACGUUGGUUCGCACGGUUCAAAAAUGAUGCUGGAAUGUGGAAAAAUAAUGAUCAGAAAGAGAGGAGCUCGCGCAACCCUUCCAUUUAAUUUCCUCGAUUAUUAUAAUGUUGGGUGGUACACGCUGCGAGCUGGUGGGGAUGUCUUGUACACAAUGUUGAAUCAAAAAACAGACAAUUCGCUCAGUUUGCUUCGGGUCCGUGUCCUGACCGCAUCACCCUUUAACCGAGGGUCGAAAUAAAACCCAAUGGCGGCAUUCGUGGAGCAGUUUGGCUGUGGAAAACAAUCAUAAUGCUGAUGGUGGAUUACUAGAGAGAAGAAGCCAACAGGAUUCGGAUUCAGAAAGUGAUGAGGAAAACAGACGUCAAGGUCCAGACCUUCUGCAGGAGUGCUGGAAUGUGAGGCGCGAAGACGAGUGCCUGAGCGAGCCUGGCACCAGCGAGCCCUUGUACGACUCAAUCGCCAGCCUAGCAAUGGGGCAACGAGCCUCUUCCACCUCCUCCCUGCACGCCCCCGCGCACCGCCCCCGGGGACCAGCGCUGCCUCCGAGCAACAAAGUGUCCCUGACGUGGGCCCUUCUGCGCAAACCAAACCACGACCUUUUCGAGAAAUCGGCGCCCAAGAAGCAAGUCGUCGAACCGCUGCUUUUGCAGACAGGCCGACACCAAGAACAGCAAAAGCAAACCCAAAAAACCUCAAGAAACUACCAAACUUCGAGUCAGUCGACGAGCAGCAGGUCACAGUCGUCGCGAAAUAGCCGCUCCUCCUCGAGCUCCAUGAGGAAUUUUGGAUAUGACAUUCACGACGUCGAUGAGUUUUUAUCAAAAGCGUCUCUGCAGAGUCCAGCAAACAUACCCGUAGUCUUGGCCACGCCGUGCGUGUUGUACCAAUCGGGAACGCGCCGCAGCAAGUCAGGUCGCGGCACGUGGCGCCAGAGCGAAAUCUCGUUGCCCCUGGGCAUGGUGGUGAACGCAGUUUUCCGCAACCACACGUGGCUCUUCGUGCACACACCCCACGGCGAGGCGGGCUACGUUCGCUACCGUUCCUGCCUGCCCUUGGGAAUUCUGCCCAGCCCCGUCAACUCGGUUCCCGGCACGCCCGCCCCCGGGGCUUGGGACACGCACACGGAUGCCUUCCUUCCGCCACCCCUUCCUCAAGUAGGGAUGUCCGGCAAGGUGCGUCGAGGGGCCGCUAGUGUCUGCGAAAGACUUCCCAAAAACAAGACUGACAUGGAAAAGUUGCGGGACACUGUAUCUGAGUGCGGAGCCGGACGGUCUAGGCACCGCCACCGCCGGGCCCAGAAACCAGAGGCCGCCGUAGACAGACUCUUUUUGGCGGCCCAACGGUCUGAAUCUGAAAGUGCGAAACAUCGAAGGCCCCGCAGCAGUGUUGAGACCCUGUUGAAGGACGCCGAGUUGAGUUCUAGACGUUUCCGAGCCGGGUCUGCAAAUCUGGACUCGGUCAGCGUUAAGGACUCCGUGUCUCAAGUGGGCGUUCGGUGUCCCAAACCAAAGUAUUCAAGCAAGAAGAUGGACAAACUGGAGGACUACCAGUUCCGAAUCGAGCAGAACCUGAACCAGCUGAAGCCGAACCACCGGACGAUCGCCCUGCAGACUGAUUUUGAAUAUGAUGACAGUUUGGUCAAGGAAACGGUAUCUGAAGUGGGACGGUUCAAGAGAAAGGAGGUUUCCAAGUCGAGGGCGGUUUCUGAGUGUGGGGCCAAGUGCAGACAGUCGAGCCGCGCCCCGUCCAGUGCGGCGCUCAGUGAAGUGCAAAUGAAAACGGAGACUUUGCUUUUGAUUCGAUCCAACUACAACAGCCGAGGAAGGAACACCCUGUCAGUGUCCAAGGGGGACGUGGUGGUGCUCGUGAGCUCGCGCUUGAAGGACUGGUUUUGGGUUAGGCGGACUGAUGGCUGUGAAGGGUUCAUUCCGGCUGUGGUCGCCGGACACGGAUUUUUGUAAUUUUUAUGUUAAAAUAAAUUUGAUUUUCAUGA